GCUCACCUACCACGGCUGGUUACUACGGCAUCAGGAGAUCCUUUACAACUGAGUUGGAUUUCCACAACACAAAGCAAUUUGUCAGUGAUGUCUACUCAUCCCCUCUAGGGUCCAAGCCCUUCUCGUGUGAUUCCUCUGCCACUCGGGGCUACCCGGCACUUCUGGACCCAUAUCUCACCGACCAAUAUGGGGAUUACCAUGCUACUCCCCUCACAGCGGGUACCAGCUCCUUCUUCAGUCCUUCUUCUGUGCCCCCACUCCUGCCAUCCUUCCCUAAUGAGACAGCGCACUUCCUACUAAGAGAGCCCUGGGAGCAGACCUCACCCGACAGUCUCAGCCAGUCGGACGGUGCGUGCUCAGACCCUCUGCAAGCACUGCCUGCCAGUGCCAGCUGCCUCUCCUCACACGAGUCUGGAGGCGUUUCCCCAUACCGAAGCUCAGGUUGGACCCCAGCCAUCCCCGGAGCCCAGCCUCUGCAUCCUGUUGAAGAUGUCCGCUACUCCCCCAGCUUUGCUGCCACCUCACCCUACUCCUUCUCACCAUUCAUGACAAAUGAGCUUACCUCCAGGGUGAGCCACCUCUCACCAGAGCAGUCCUUGGAGAUGCCACCCCUUCACGAUAACUCUGCCUGGGCAAAAGAGGAUGGAAGUCCCAUCUGGGGGACUUAUGAAGGCCGGAGAACUUAUUGA